GGAGGGGUCAGUGCGGCUAACAUAGCAAGCUGCGCUGCACAACCAACCAGGAAGUCAACAAAGUUCUUCAAUAACACCAGUGUCUGUCUGUGGUUUUCUCCACGGUGAAGCUGAAACAACGACAUGAGCUCUCCCGCCUCUUCGACUGUCGGGGAGUUAUUCCUCAUCCUCAGUGAGAUGGGUUUCACAGAGGAACAGAUCCAGGCAGCUAUGCAGGCAGGACAUUUCUCCGUGCCAGAUGCAGCUGAGUGGCUCUUACAGGGUCAGUAUCCACGGCACAGAUUGGUCAAGCAGUCAUCACAGCCUGCUGAAACAGCAUUUUCUGCUUUCAACCCACCUAAAGAGGCAGCAGGCACUUCAGAGUCGCAUACGUCUCCAUCUGGAAGUGGAGCAUCCCCUUCACUGGUGCUGAGGCCGUCACAAUCAUGCAACCUGUCCCCGGAACCACUGCCUGUUGAGUCGCGCAUCAAGCAAGACAAAAGUGACUUUGAAGACCAAGAAAGACAACGCGUUGCUCAGGAGGCCAGAGCAGAGAGAAUACAAAAGAAACAGGAACGCGAAUUAGUGUUAAAGCGGAUAGCUGAGGAUCGGAAGAGCUUGCAGAGGAAGAUCCAGACCGUCGUCACUGAGACGUCUCCUCCUAGUGGCCAAGGGCAGAAGCUUGGAGGAAAUAGUCAGACUAAUGUCGAUAACAACUGCAUCCUCAUGAUUCGGCUGCCGUCCGGUGAGUCAAUCCGUGAACGUUUCCCAGCUGAUGCCCCUCUGCGAAGUGUCAUGGAGCACAUCUCUGGACGUCACCCCUCCCUGCCCUCCUUUUCCCUCCUUCAGGGAUUCCCUCGGAAACGUUUUGGGGAGGCAGAACUUGCUUGCUCGCUGCGCUCUUUGGGCCUAACACCCAAUGCUGCACUUUGUAUUCAGACCACUCCUCCAGAAACGCCCCAGGAUCCACCGAGUCCUGCAAAUCCACUAUUGGCAGUACAGAACGAGCCACCUCAGUGCACUGAGCCUCCUCAGCUUCCCCAGCCUCCCCAGCCUCGUAUCCCUGUCCUGGAGGGAGCCGAAGGGCAGGACAUUGCUCUACCUCCUCCACUACCCAACCAACUGUGGGAAGAGGCAGUCAAUUAUGCGGGGAUCCCUGAAGCUGGUGCUUCACUGUCUGGACCAUCUCAUUUCUGGGGACGAGGCCAGAGGUUGGUAGCUGGUAAUGCAGAAGAAGUUGCAGGCAUAGAGGUCGAUGAGGAACAGGAGGGAGACGAAGAACCACCCUACAUGCUGAACGGAAUGCCAAGGCUGCCUUUCUUCCCAGAGAACAGGAUUCGAGUAGGAUUUGAGCCCAGACACCACUGGCCAGAACAAGGCAAUCGACUCAGGGAGGUUCCGGCAGAGGAGCUAGCAGAGCCUGAGGAUGCAGGAGGUCGGGUGGCACCCGUAGCGGCAGGUCUAGCUGCAGUGGAGCGUCUUCAACGUGCCGCGCAGCAAGAAGACCCCCGUUCCUCCCAGGGACAGCCAUCACCACCUAAAAGAGCCUUCAGGACACCCAGCGUACCAUCCCUAUGUGCCUUGGCUACUCGUGCAACUGUGCACCUCAUGACCGCUCCCAGUAUGCAGUACAGCAGCAGUCUGGCAUGUCUGACCCCGGAGCUAGCAGAGCUUCUGCUCAACCACAUGUCCCGUGAAAGACUCCUUCGUCCGCGCACCCUGGAGCUCUUCUUCGGCUGCCCGUUGCAGAAGUUUGUUCUUAACUGCUACCCUUACUCCACCAAUGAGCUCCUGCGGCAGUUGAGGGCCUUUACGGCGCUCAAGCAUCUGAGUCUUGUGAACUCACCUCUAAUCACUGACUCUGGUCUAUCAAUCCUGUCCAGCCUGGUGAAACUCCAGUACCUCAACCUCGCUUCCUGCAGUAAACUGACGGACUCCUGUCUGCAGCAUAUCAGAGGUUUGAACAGUCUGUGUUUCCUGUCACUGGACCAGACCAAAGUGACCGAUGCAGGGAUGGUGUUAUAUCUCCAGUCAGCUCCGUCCUGCCUCUCUCAGCUCAGCCUGAAUCAGACGGCAGUGACAGAAGCUACGCUGGUAGUCCUUCCUUCAUGUGUACCACAGCUGCGACUUCUCAGCAUCAAGCAGACAAAGGUUGAGGAUGUCUCGGCUUUGGCAGAGCUGUCCAGCCUGCAGACGCUCAACCUAGAUGGGACAAAUGUGACAGAGGCGUCACUGAAGUACCUCGCCACCCUCCCUGCCCUGUCUUCCCUCAGUUUGGCGGGAAUUCCUGUUGCUGAUGGCAAUCAUGCCCUGCAGAUCAUCUCAGGUCUUAAGUUGACUCAUCUCACCCUCCCUGGACGCCACUCUGUGAAUGACAGCGGGUUGGCGUACCUCUCUGAUCUGUCCCUGCUCUUAGAGCUGGACUUGACAGACUACACACAAGUCACAGACCAGGGAGUCAAUCAGCUCUCCACCAUGAGCAGGUUGAAGAAGCUGUCACUCAGCAACACCCAGGUGACAGACGCAGGGCUCCCCUCUCUGCGCGGUCUGCAGGAGCUGCAGGAGCUGUGUUUGGACCGAACAGCCGUCACUAGCCGAGGAGUUGCUGAGCUCAUCGUCUGUCUGCCGCACCUUCAGGUGUUGGGAUUAGCCAGCACUCAGGUGGGAGACACAGUCGUGAGGAGAGGUGUGAUCCGCUGCAAUCAGCUUGUUAAAAUUAAUCUCAGCCGCACACGCAUAACAGACCACGGUCUCAAGUUUCUGAAACACAUGCACCUGGCUCAAGUGAACCUGGACGGCACCGGUGUGAGUCUGAUGGGUAUCGCGAACCUCCUCUCUUUCACCAACAUCAACAGCAUUCGGGCCAGCAACACUCGAGCCAUCCCCCCUGACGAGGCGUCAGACGAGGAGUGGGAAGCCCAGUGAGCAUCAACCCCCCCCGGUUUGAUUCUCUCAUAUUGCACCUGAGCGCACCUCUGGCUGCUGCUGUCCUCUUUUACCCCCGCUGCCUCCAGGAUCACCUGGAAACGGCGUAACCAAAAAACUCCUUCAACUUGCACUGUUUCAACUGCAUCUAGUGCCACUAAUCUGUCAGUCAUGCACGCUAAGUUGGAACCUUAAAUGGGAGCCUUGUUUAACAAUUAGGCCGUUAAUAAUGUUUACAUACUGUACAUAGAAUCAAUCAGUAUUUACUCGCACACACUGCAGCCCUUGGUCUCUGGACGAGUCCACCUGACAAACGUUAUAGCUUUAUGUGCAGCCUCGUAUGUUUCAGACAACAGUGAUAGACAGAAAUGUACUUUAUGUUGGAAAUGUAACGUAUAACAUAGCAUGUAUUUUCAGACUGUAAUAAAUAACAGUUUAAUGACAUUAGAAAUUAAAUGACAAACUAUUUAACUAAUUGUCUUUUGAACCAAAUGUGCUUGGUUCAAAUACAGAUGUCCACCACUGUUAGGUUUGAGUGGCUUUAAGUCAUAGACUGUAUAAAGAGAUGGAUGACAGUCUGCUUCACUCUUGUCUUCUAUCUUUAUAUCCAGCCCACGGUUUAAAUUUACCACAAACUUUUGUAUUUUUUUUGCCAUUAAAUGCAUUAAUGGCCGGCAUCAGUUCCAUUUCAGUUUUACCUGAAGGGGUGUUAGACAAUGAAGGAAAUUUAAGAAUACAUUAUUAAAAUCAGAUACAUGAGGAUGUUAAGAGACUUUCUGAAAUUAUUAUAUUUUUUUUUUCAAAAUUGCAUCCUGGAGAUGCAUUGGCCUCAAUUGAUGUUUUUUAAGUGGCUUUUUUAGAUUCUUAUUUUAUCAAUGUUAGUGUGUCAAGAAAUGCCAAGAUUUUUUGGGACAGCCAAGUCAGUUUCAGUUACUUAGUGAGAGAAGUAUAGUGUAGUGGCUGUAUUGAGAUGGUAUAUAUAUGCAGCCAUGCGGCUCACAUCAGAAUCCAAAGCAAUUUAUCACUUCAAGUUUUGUCCUCCUUUACAGACAUGUUAAUCCUUUUUUUUUUUUUCCUGAAGGCCUUUAAUUUGAAGAUACCAGCACUGUAUUCAUGAAGUUUAAAAUGAAUAAAAAACUAUCUGAGACUAAAUGUGCUGUUUUUAUGUUCCGUUUAUUCAGACAAACUCUUUAUUGCAUUACAUCGUUAAAUAAGGCAGAACUGCUUCUACGCGGAGAAAAAAAAAAA